AACAUGUAAUUCAAACAGAUCAAUUGGAUUGUUAAUAGCCAGAUAUUCCUGUGCUAUUAGCUAUUACAUGCGUAAUGAUUGCCGCUUUUAUAUUGCGCGGAGUGGAUAAGAUUACCGAUUGCUUCUAGGAAUAACUUGCUACGUCGUCGUAUCCUGGUUCUAACAAUUUUGAUCAAUAUUCUUUUCAAAAUUGAUGUUAUUAUUGGGAUAUAUUGAGGAUGCAUCGACAAAAUCCACCACCAAGAGAGACGUUACUCCACUUUGCAGCUCGUUUUGGACUGAGGGACUUUGCUGAACACCUACUGGAUCAUCCAGCUUCUGAUGUAGCGCUCAAACUACCUAACAAGGACGGUGAUCUGGCUGUAGAACUAGCCAGAACAUCAGGGUUAGAUAGCCUUGCUGAUCGUAUGCUAGAUAUUUCAAAGAAUGUUGAAAGGCAAUCAUUGAAUGAAGAUUGCAGUCAAAGAAGUAGAAGACUGGAACAUGUAGAAGGCAAGGCGUGUAAGAUAAAGAGACAUUAUACACUCAGUACAGCUACUAUAACAACCAAGCUGGAUGAGAGUAAUAACGCUAUUGAGGACGAUAUCCAGAUGUUACGUGACGUAGUGAGUUACAUGGAGGCAGACGAUGAUGAUAGUCCGAGGAUGCUGUCUCCUAGAAAGCUUGGUAAACACACCAAGUUUGGCCAAAUCUCACCAGCAGAUCAAGGAUUAAGUGAGAGCAGUUGCUCAGAAGAUGAAGAAGACGAGGAUGAAGAAGAUUACAUCCGACAUCGAGAAUACAGAGGAACUCUAGAACCUGUCUUAGAGGACAGCAUACAACAACUCCAAUCAAUCAACCAUCAUGUACAACAUCUCAGGAAAGAAAAUAGAGUAAGACUUGCAGAGGGUGCUCGGAGAGAAUCACUUUCAAGAUUCAGUACAUCCUGUCCGUUACUCACAGAGGACAAGCCAGAGGUCGAAGGGUGGAAACAAAAGAUGCCUUCACAUCCCGGUGCUGUAAACAACAGCGAUGACGACGAUGAAGAUGAUGACCUCGACGAUCUUGGACGUGGCAGCAGUAUCACCUCCCCACUCAGCCCCAAGACCCCACCCAUUCAAAUCCAAGUCAAUGACAUCAGCCUGGAUACCGGUGGAGGGGGUGGGGAGGGUAACAUGGGCGGGGCUGUCAUCAUACCUACCAUACCAAGUCAUCAUGUGGUGAUACCACUAGCUCCUAUAGCUACCACUCCAGAGGAUAGCUCCCCAGAGGACAUGGAUGGAGAUGGGACUGGUAGCAUCCUAGGUGAUACAGUAGAUAAAGAAAAGACAAGGAGGUAUAGCUGGGGACCUGAACCAGAUGACUCCCUUAGGGCGGAAGGAGACGAUGGAGGAUCUCUCUCUGCGGCUUCUAGGAGUAAAAGCAUGCUGAACUUGGAUGCCACUGGUAAAGAGAGCUUUGCUGGGAAGAAUGAUAACAGACGAUCUAACCAAGGUUCAAGGAGAGAUUCUGUCACAGCAUUGAAGAAGCAAAAUGAUGGGUAUGGGUUAGGCGGAGAUGAGAGUACCUUGCCUGAGGAUAGCAACGUCAGCUCUUCCCGUUCUUCUACCAAGAAUACCCAUAUCACCCCUGUUGUCAGGAGACAGAAGAAAAAUAACCUCUCGACCGAACAAAGACAGCACCGUAGUGCUUCUAUGUACGAUACUAGACUUUCUGAACUCUUCCGAUUAGGGGGUUUAGAAGAAGAAAAAGAGGAGGAGGAGGAGGAAGAAAUAGAAGAAGAUGGCGAUGGUGAAAAUGAAGAAGAAGAAGAGGAAGAAGAAGAUGACGAUGAGGGGCAUAAAGGAAAAGACCCAGCUGUUUCUGAAGCAAUAGGAGUUAAACCUCAAUUAGAUCUGGUUAGACCCAGCCUAGAUCCACUUAGACAGAUCAAUUUCUUCACUAUCUUUGAUUUUGAAGAAGGAGAAGAUGAAGAUUUUAGUUCAGAGAAUGAUGAGUCUGGUAGCGCUGGAUCUCUAAGUGCGGAACAUAGACGUCAGGCACGUCUGUCACUCACAGAGUUUCUUGCCGAUCCUCGCAACUUUGAUGGUAGCUCAGAGACCCAGCAAUCAAAUGCAAUGGAUAGGUCAAAUUCUGUUUUGAGAAAAUUCAGCUUUCUAAAAGUAGGAGGACAGCGAAGAGAGAAAAAGAAGGAAAAAGAGAAAGACAAGGAAAAGGAGAAAGAAGAGAAGAAAGAGAAGGAAAAAGAGAAGGAUCGGAUAAAGGAUAGUUUCAAGCAACAUAAUUUUGUAAAUUCAUCAUUCUCAAACUCAACGAAAUGCAACUACUGUGAGAAACCCCUUCAAAACAAGCCAGCUCUCCAGUGUCAAAUUUGUUACGCAAAUGUUCACACUUCAUGUAAAGAUAAUGUCGCUCCAUGUGCAAGACUCACAAAGCAUCCCAAAUCGUUAUCUCGAGGGACAGGUAAUGUGAUGAGAGACAAGCUGAUAAAAAGUAGUGGUGGAUUGGGAUAUUCCCAAUCUAUGCGUGAGAAAACCAGACCAAACUCAAUCCUCAAUUCAACUAAACCAUUCCAACCGAUGCCAUUCCAGUCUCAGGGUAGCUCAUCUGACGUGAGGUCACCUCUUGGUAAUGCUGGUAUUGAGCUGGGCAAGUGGCACUGGAACCGAGUCGCCAUAAAAUUGGGGGUGAAGACCAUCGAAGAGAACGAGGAGAAUGAUGGCGGACCAGGAAGCCCUCCUAAAACUGGACUGGGUAACAACAACAUCAGUUAUUCUGUGGAGUCAUUGGAUGAGGUCGGUGCAUCAACGGAGACAUGGGAGUUUAUGGAAGAUGAAGACUUGGUCACUCAAGGACCGGAACCAGAGUCAUGGAGUGUCAUGGCAGAAAAGAAGACCAUGAAGAAGAUGAGUAGUAAAGAAAUCAAACGCCAGGAUGUAAUCUUUGAAUUUAUCAAGACUGAAAAGCAUCAUUUAAGGACGCUGAAAAUCAUGCAGAAGAUUUUCAGUUAUGGGAUGCAGAAUGAACUACACAUGGACCAGGGACUUAUUAAGAAAGUAUUUCCUAUGUUAGAUGAGAUCGUUGAUAUUGCUUCAAAGUUCUACGACAGACUUCAGAAGAGACAGAAGGAAGCUGAAGUCAUUGAGAGAAUAGGGGAUAUCCUCGUUGAUCAGUUUGAUGGUGAGAAUGGGGACAGGAUGAUGAUGGCCUAUGGAUGUUUGUGUAGUCAACAAAAUGAAGCUAAAGCAGUCUAUAAAGAUCUCACCAAGACAGAUAAAAGAUUCCAGGCUUUCAUCAAGAAAUGCAGUACCAAUGCCCUGUGUAGGAGAUGGACCAUACCAGAAUGCAUUCUUAGUGUCAGCUCUAGACUCACCAAAUAUCAGCUUCUUAUAGAGGCUAUCAUUAAACCAACCAAAGCAAUCAAAGCCACUGACAAAAUAGACACACAUGACCUUACAAGGGCAUUGGAAUUGGUCAAGGCAAUAUGUCAUGAUGUUAACAUGCAAGUACAAGAGAGAGAACGAUGGCAAAGACUAAUGGAGAUAUACAACAAGACAGAAGCAAGAUCUACAGGAACACUCAAAAGUGGCAAGAAAUUCAAGAAAUCUGAUUUACUUGCAAAUCGCAAGCUAAGACAUGAAGGUGAGCUUUAUUGGAAGAAUGCAAGAGCUAAACUGACUGAAGUUCAUGGGGUGCUUCUAACGGAUGUUCUUCUUCUUCUGACUGAGAAUAAUGGAAAGUAUACAUUUGCCUCACAGGAUAACAAGCCUCCUGUGAUUCCACUGUUCAAGUUGAUGGUUAGAGAUGUAGCUAUUGAUCCAAAGAGCGUUUACCUCAUCAGUCAGAACAAGGCUGGUCCUGAGAUGUAUGAAGUCAUGUGUACGUCUGAACAUGCUCGAGGAGAGUGGAAGAAGAGACUGUUAGAAGCCAUUGAACAAUGUCCAGCAGAUGAUCCAGUUGACUCAGGAAUAGACAAUAAUAAUGAGGAAGAAGAAAAGAAGAAAGCUGAAGAGAGGGCACUCAGAAUGAAGAAACUUCUUGAAAUGAUGCACGCUAAAGAUAAGGAGCUGAACAGUAUCAUCUCAGAAAAGAUGAGGUUGGUUGGAGAACUCAAGGAACUUAUUGUCAAAGAGGAUUCCCUUGGAUCGCUGAAGAUUCCAUUGAUCUCACAACAAGACACUCAGAUUGACCAGACAAGAGAUAUUAUCCUUGCUGCAAUGAAGGAAGUUGACCUACUGACCCGGUCAGUCUACAGUGGUGGUAAUGUCCGAGUAAGUCGGAGUGCGAGUAGCGUAGGUGAGAUGGUGAGCAGUGCUGGCACUGCUUCAUCUCUCCCAAGAAGAGCAGAAACCUUCAGCGGCUUUGACAGUGCACAGAAUGGCAACUCAAAUAAGAAGCGUUUAGCUGUCAUCCCAGCAGAGGCCAAUACCCGAAGCAGCAGCUUCCCGAACCUAACCGGUACUGCCUCUGAACAGCUUGCUAGCUUUAGCUCUCCAUCCGAAGCUGACGAGAGAGAGCAAGAAGAAGAACCGGAGGAUAAGCGGACUCCUAGUGAUGUGAUAUCACCUCUACCUAGUCCAGGUCAUAGACCUAUCAGGGAAGCUUCUCUACCUGUAGGCAGGAAUAGAGGCAGUGAUGUCAAUAGAAGGAGAGCGUUUACGCUCACAGGCGGAGUGGAACUUCCUUCAGCCAUUCUUGAGAAAGAGAAACCUGAUUUACCAGAGGGCCCAAUAUCAGCUGAUGCUGUAGAGAAAAUCUGUGAUAAUCCAUCGGCCUUGGAACAUGUUGAUGCUGCUACUCAGAUACUUGAACAUCUCAACUCUCUACUGAAAAUAACGGUCAAUCAGGAUACUGCCUUCCAAACCUUGAAGACUCAACUACUUGAAGCCCAGCAUAAACUUGAGGCAUUCAACAGCACUCCAACCAUUAGCACUACUGGUCCAUCUCCCAUGGAGAAGAUGCGUGAUAGUCCACCCAUAAUCAGAAUGGAUCCUGCUGGCCAGGAUACUAGGGGAUCUGUCAACAGAGGACUGGUCAAUACAAUCAAUGAACGAGUUACAGAGGUUGCAGCAACAGAGAAGGCAAAGGCAAACGGUGAGAAGCCAGGAAGAUCAUCACCAUUGCAAUCAUCAGGAAAGACAAACCAUGCAGGUAUGAGGCACUCAGAGAGUAGUCCAAGGGUCAAUGAUCAUAACUUAACCAGGAUAGCAUACGGAGAUAUGAUCCCAUCCAACAAUCAUCUAUACAUUACACAAGAAGGAGAUAAAAACAAGGACAUGGCUAGGAAGAACUCUGCCCCUUCACCCCUACUACAAGAUAAGAUGAACGCUUAUAACUCCUCUCCCAAGACUAGCCCCAGGAGAACUGAAGAGGGCGAUAGAACAGUCACGUCGUCAUCGGUUAUUCGUAGGAAUGUUCCGCAGCACCUGCUAAGUACCACCAAUCAGAUAAACACUGCUGGUCAGGUCAGGCAGAAACUACCGUUAAAACUAUCCAACAGCCUGGCCAGUACCAAUAGCGCUGUCGUCCAACAAAUGCUGCCAAAGAAACUGGAAUCCCUUUCGGCAACGUCGUCGAAACCAAACAAAAAUACGAAUGCUCAGCCGCAGCCGACGUCCGAUUCAGAUGUGAUCUUCUUUUGAUGUAGAGAGGAUGGAUAUUGUAUGCAUAUUUGAAUCCAAAGCAUCGGUCGGUGAAAUAUUGUGGAAGUCUUGCUGAGAUGGAGUUGAUUGGACUAAACUGUUUUGUAAGAUUAUUGUUAUUCUGGAAUAUCUUGGACCUCAUUUUAAGAAGUACUUCAAACUCUAUUUACUGCAGAGCAGUAGCUGGAUUAGAAAUCAGUUCACAAUUUGCAACUAUUAAACAACAUCAUCAUGUUUUAUUACAAGCAUACAGCAUUUUAAGAUAUUGAAUAUUUUCUUAGUGUAUGGAACAAUUUUUCUAUUUUUGCAAUUAUUCACACACCCGAUCAUCUCUACCAACCUUUGACAUAUAAAUUUUUGUGGAGCAUUUGAAAUACAUUAAUAUGAAUACAGAAUACAUACAUGUGUAGGAAAAAAAUCCACUUUUCAUAUUGUUUGUAUCCCAACUGUAUUCCUUUUUAUACUCUUCAGCUAUCAUAAUGCCUAAGUAUAUUUAAAAUCACCUUCAAUAUCCUUUCAAAUGUUUCAUCUUGUUCAUUAAUUUCAGACAUGUAUUCUCUCAAAUGAAAUCAUGAAAAAACAAGUGAUUUAAAGCAUAUGGAGUGUGAAUAAUGAGUGAGAUAUUUUGUCUAUGACCUGGUGACCGUUUUCUAUCUAAUUCCCUGUCAUAUGUUCCUCUCUUUCUCUUGCAAUAGAUAUCAGAAAAUAUGAGAAUUCAAAUCAUUCCAACCAAUUCAACAGGGUCAUAUUCUUUAUAUGAAAUUAAUGAAAAGACCACAUUUUUCCGUUCAGUUAUUCUGUAUCGUACAAACCAAUGCAUGGAUCAAUUUUUUUUUAUGAACCACCUUGUUGUAGUCAUCGGAUUUCAAGCUGUUUAAUUCCUCACAUAUAUCACAUUAAAUUGCAACAUGCAUAUAUUACUCCCAUUUGCCAAUUAUCCCCUUAUUUCUAUUUGCUCCCAAUCCGAAAGAUAAUGUUUGAAUCUGACAUUCCAAAUGUUGAACUGUUGAAUCAUGAAGGAAUUCAAUAGAAAUGGAAUCAGUGAGCUGACUGGUCUACACAAGACUACAUGUAUAUUUUAAAUGUAUAUGAGAAACGAGAAACAACCAAGGGAAAACAACUCGUGAAAAUGGCACUUAUCAGCAGAGGUAUCAAAUAAUAGGUGAAAAUUGGUUCUGUUAUAAUAAAGGGGGCAUUUCACAUUGAGUAAGUCUAAUUUAAAGUCACUCUUAACCCAUUGUAUACUAGAGGAAAAUCUAUGGGAAUUAUAGCAUUCAGUGAUAAACAGGUAAACUGUUUAUUGAUAUCAAGAAAGAGAAAUAUAUGUUAAAAGGGCUUGGCAUACACAGGCGUCGCUAAAAGCCAAGUAUGCUGCUGAGUACAAUCACAGUAAUAAACUCAUAUCCUAUGAGCAAGAUUGCAAUGAUAUGCUAUAUCCAUCGUGUAACUGUAGUCAGUAGUCACACUUACAUGUAUAUCUUUGUGAACCCACCCAGGGUCCUCUUUCAUAUAAGUUACUAUUAUCGUAACUUUGCCAUCCAAUGGUUACUACCAUGGUAACGAUGCUCAACAACCAAUCAAAUUCAAGGAUUAUGUUGUAAUUGGCAUAGGAUGGCACAGUUACCAUAAUAGUAAUAUUAGUCUACAAAUAUAUCAGGCUUAUGACAAAUUAUUUGUCUGGGGUUGGUCUAGCAACUCCUAUUUAUAUUGCCAGUCCAUGCAACUGAUGAAUAAUUCCCUCUAUUCUUACAGAAAAAAUGGCUGGUACAUUUGUUUUAUAUCCUACUUUCAAUAAGUUAGAAUGAUAGAUCUUGUUAAGCUAGUCCUUGUGGAUCACCCCCUAUUUAAAGCAAAAUAAAGGUCACAUCAUGUGCUGCAUAAAUCCUGAUUACUUUUGCUGACUGACCUACUUUUCCUUCAGACGACAUUUACCGGUGCAUCCGAGACAGCACAUUAUGUGUGACGUCAAUGAUGGAAUAGUGCACUUAUCCAUCAUUGAUGUCACCGCAUAGUAAAUAUUCUUCAUGGGCAUUUUUUUUUAACAGCAUAGAGUAUCUUUGGUCACAUGAUGCCAUUUGAACCAAUCACUACACAGGAUUUAAUGUAUGCAGGAUAUAAUAACUUUUAUGCAAUGGGCCUCGGGCCUUAAAAGAGAUAAUUCAUGGGGUGAUGUUGAGAUAAUAUACAGAGGUGUUCUGAAAAAUGUGGUCAUCAAAGAUGGGCAUGGAGGAUUUAUGUACAGUGAUAUUACUUGUAGUAUUUGCUCAUUUCUCUCUCUCUCUCUCUAAGAAUGCCAAAUUAUUUUAAAUACAAUUUCUUUUUGUUUCAAUCCACUGUAUCAUACACAUUGUGAAUUCAUGGUAGAAAAGGUCAUCAGCUAUAUAUCAUGGUCCAAAGAUGUAUUCUCUCUGUAUUCUUUUUUACUCCUCCUAAGACUAUUGUACAUCAUUCACGCUGUGCCAUACACACAAUGCUAUGUAUCUAUCAUGUCUGAAUAAUAUCUUGUCUUUUUCAUUGACUUGCUAUUCCUAUGAUGUCUCUGCAGACGUAGGGAUAUGAUACGAGACCAACAUGCUACAUAUCAAUGUAUCUUUAUAUCAUUUAUGGAGCAGAAUAUCCGUCAUUGGUUACACAACAUAUGGGCCGUGUAACAUGAAGCAUAGUGAUUGGUCGUGGGGCUAAUUUCUAUGAUUGAUCAUACACAACAAUCUAUUCAAUCAAUCAUAGAUAUCAGUACCACAAUUAAUCACCAAGCUUUAUGCAACCAGGACCUGGUAUCAUGACUCUCACAUUACUAUUAAGAUUUUUAUAUGAUGAUCGGUAAGAUUGAGUGAGAUGAUACUGACAUUUCACCAGAAACGAUAUUGAAGUUCAUAUUUUUUAUAUCAGUGGUAGGUUUCCUUGCGAAUAUUUUGCAAGGAUCAUCGUGAUGAUAAAAACAUCAACAAUGGAUGAUUUCAGACCAGUGAUUAUAUGCUUCACUGUGAAUUGAACUCAUAACGUAAUUUGGUUAUUUAAAGCAUUAUCAUGUGAAUUGCAGAAUUAUUUUUGUUUUUUAUAUCAAUGUUGUAAAAACUACAAGGCACUCUUAUAAAAUGUGUAUCAUGUUUAAAAAUAACACAAGCCAUGCCAAUUGCCAACACCACCACUUGUGUAAAUGAAUCACUUCACGUAAGAAAUGUACAUUAUUCAUUCAAUCUAGUAUGUGUCUAGUAUGUGCAUACUAGUCGUUUCUUUGAUGUAAACGGGACAAGGUGUACAUGUAUUGAUAUUUUGUACAAAAAUUUACUAAUCACUAUGUGAAUAGAGCACCUUUUCUCUGAAUUGUAUAGUGUAAAGUUAUUUAAAAGAUGCAACCUGAUUAUUACCCUUCAAAAAUUUGUAGAGUGAUUAUUUUAUUAGAGAGCUGGCUUGAUGCCAAAAAUCAAGAUUAUCUAUCGAUUUGAAGAGGAAACGUGUUCUAUGUGUGCUCCUUCUAUCUACCUUACUCACAAACCAUCAAAGAAAUAUCAAUUUCUUAUUCCUUUACAAAGAAUAUUCCACAAAAGUUGUUGAAAUCAAUAUCAUGUUUUGGCCCUGUUUACUUGCAUUCUUAAUAUAUUUCUUGUUUUGUAACUGAAAUUACGAGCAUUCCAUAUUUUUCAGGUCCAAGUAUUGAAAUCAUAGAUGUAGACUUGUUUUGGUGUAUUCUUAACCAACAGAUCUCUGACCUUUAGAGCAGAUGCAACAAAGAGUUGGUUUCACAAAAAAAAAGAAGUGUAACUUACUGUCAAUCCUGUGUGAUGCAUAUCGCAUCACCCCAUUGGACUGAUAAUGUUUACUGCAUAAUUCAUCAAUGGGAGUUGAUGGGAGUUGAUCACUGCAUAUUUCAUCAAUCACGUUGAUGUCAAGUUCACUUUGUGAAACAGCUCCUGAAUACACAAAAUAAGUUCUUCAUGAUGGUUAUGUUAAAUCAAAAUUAUAUUUGGUAUAUAUAUUCAAAGUUUAUUUCACUUUGUGGGUGUUUCAUAAAGGUACAUGUAAAGUAACAAGCUACUAUGUACUUUAUGAUUGACUAGUGACCCUUUCCUAGGAACUAAAUCAACGGCUACGAAAAUCUUGGGAAUAUUUGCCACAAGAAAGGAUCACCAGUCGUCCCUUAAGUGACUAGCAACUUAGGAAGAGCUUUAUGAAAAACCCUCCUGUGAGAGUUUCAACAAUGGGCUGUAAUCUUCAUCAAACAGACAUUCAUAACAUUCCUUCUUCAAAGGGAAAUACUUGGUGCUCCCAUCAUUUUGAAAUAUUUCUUUUUCAGAGAGAAUUCAAUGACAUGUUUUUAUUUUAAACAUUGAUUCUAAACACCUACAUCCACAUCUUUGAACCAUUUCAUGAAAGGUUUCAGCACUGACAAGUUUCUAUAAUUGAACUGUUACCAAAGUAACAGUCGAGCAAGACUCCUGUACAUCUCAGCUGAUUAAACCCAAUGAACGUUGUCAGAUCUGACUGAGGAGUCUCAAGGGAUGACAGCAUUCUCCUGGAAAUGUUUUUAUUUUCACCCAUUCAGAAUUGAGCUAGGUUAGAAAUGUGCUGUUUAGAAGACAUUCCAAUAAUUAGUUAAUAGAUUCCUUCAUGAAUGAAUAUAAAAUAUAUUAUUAAAAGGAGGGGGGUACAAAUGAAGAUUCGCCUUCUUUACCUUGCUAACAAUUCCUUUGAAAAUCCUUGAUUCUCUUUGUAUUCACUUUGUUCUUUAUUUCAUCAUCAUCUAAAUAGGUUUAUCCAUCUACCUAAGCCCUCAUAAACUAGGCAACCAGCACCAAUUUCCUCCAAUAUUGUCUGUGUGUCCAGUAUCAUCAGUACAGGAUACUUGAGCCAGGGUCCCGUGUUACGAACUGUCCAAUCAACCACAACUAUGGAAAGCUAAAGCUAGCAAACCCAACAUUUAAAAUGCAUGUUUAAGUGUUUUCUUAAUAUAUUUAUCAGACAUGAAUCAUUGUUUUUAAAAGUCAAUGUGCUUCUCUUCAUUUUUGAAGGGUUGGUACAUACAUUUCCUGAAUAAGAAUUGACAGCUUUCCAUAGUUGAGGUUGAUCUUCGUAAGAUGGGCCAUCAGAAUACCAUCGUAAAAUGACAGGAUGAUGGAUAUUGGUUUGCCACUCUUUGUAUUCUGUUUAUAUUUUUUGUGUAAAUUAUUACCUGUUUAAGUUCUCGCUCAUAAUCUUUGUUAUUAUUCUGGUAAUGUUAGCCUCAAUCAAGAAGUUUUUAUUUUAUUUCCUUUAAAGAUCUCCCACACAGAAUGCCACCUGAGCAAUAAAAUCAGAUAGA